CAGCGCGGGUGCGCGCGUCACGUUACACUCGGACUGUACUGACGGACGAUCCUGUCCAAUUAGUGAUACCGCGAGAAACGAGUUAAGUGGCCGGUUCCACUAGUGAAGUACUCCGGUUUAACGCAAAACAAAAUGCGCCUCCGAUGAAAUGUUUCACGUGCGAUUUCAGUGUCACAGGAUUAUAAACAAAACUAUGUAAUAAGUUUAGUGAAGUUGUGUGAAGUGAACACCAAAACAUAAUGUGCCCGACGUGGUUAACAAGCGCCUUGUUGGUGCUUAGUGCUGCUGUGUCCGUGUGGUGUGCGUCUCUAUCGGCCACUACCGGAGCGCGCUACCAAGCUCCAGAUGAAUGUCGGUGGACCACAGACGACGACGGUUCAGGAGUCGCCUUACAGUGUAGACUCAGAACUAUAAACAGCGAAUUAGAGAACACCAAUUUCAGUGCAAUACAACCUCAUUUAACAGUACGAUUGCGUCUCGAAUGCAGCGAUGCACUGUUCUUCCAAAGCUCACUCUCCCCAGGCAGUUUCCGGCAAUUGAUUGAGCUAAGGGAACUCACUAUUGAGUACUGUAAGAUUGGAAAUCUUUCCGACGGUGCGUUCACUGGUUUACGUGAACUGAGGAAUUUAACGAUACGAACGCAUAACACAGAUUGGUCAACUAUGUCACUUGAAAUAACACCAACCGCAUUUUCUAGAGACGUGCAAAACCUAGAGCGUUUGGAUCUAAGUGAAAACAAUAUGUUAGUAUUCCCCGAAGGAGCACUAUGUACCCUGAGAAACUUGGAAUAUCUGAAUAUGACUGGAAAUAGAAUGAGAGACAUAAGUCAUUUUCAAUUUUCCUCCGCGCAUCGGCAUCCAACAGAGAAAUGUGGAGAUAAUCUUUUAGUUUUAGAUCUCUCACGGAAUGUCAUCGACACCUUACCACCAAGUUUAUUAUCAGGAUUGAAAAGAUUACAAAAGUUAUAUCUUCAAGGAAAUGGAUUGAAUUCAGUUGCAGAUAGAGCACUAGAAGGCCUUGUGUCUUUGACUACAAUAAGAUUCUCGGAUAACCAGCUAACUAGUCUACCACCCGAGCUAUUUAGUGACACAAAAGAACUGAAAGAAAUAUAUCUAAAUAAUAAUACAAUCACUGUUUUAGCACCAGGUCUAUUCAGUGAUCUGUUUCAACUUCUUGUACUGGAUUUAUCGCACAAUGAAUUAACGUCCGAUUGGAUAAAUACCUCUACAUUUUCUGGACUGAAACGACUGGUGUAUUUGGAUUUUUCACACAAUAGAGUGUCAAAAAUGGAAAUAGCCUUAUUCAGAGACUUACAUAACUUACAAAUAUUGAAAAUGCAAGAUAACUACAUUGAACAUAUACCCGAAAAUGUGUUCAGUUCUUUGAGUAAUCUACACACAUUGAUAUUGUCCAAUAAUAGACUAACAAACAUUGAAAGCUACGCAUUUACCGGUCUGCAAGUACUGUCUGUACUAUCGAUAGACAGCAACCGUAUUUCAAAGAUACAUCCACAUGCACUGCGCAAUUGUUCGUCCUUGCAAGAUUUGCAUAUCAAUGGAAAUAGACUUGAUGAAGUUCCUAUAGCAUUAAAAGAAAUACCUCAACUGAAAACCCUAGACUUGGGUGAAAACUUAAUAGUAAGCAUCGAAAAUGCUUCUUUUAUGGCAAUGCAACAAAUGUAUGGGUUAAGGUUGACAGAAAAUAAUAUUGGAAAUAUCAGUAAAGGAGUUUUUGAUAAAAUGACCUCACUGAAAAUAUUAAACUUGUCAAGAAACAAAAUCCAUAAAAUAGAAGCUGGCGCUUUUGAUGCGAAUAUUAACUUGCAAGCAAUAAGGCUAGAUGGAAAUUACCUGACGGACAUCGGCGGCCUUUUCGCCAAGUUACCUAAUUUGGUGUGGUUGAACAUAUCUGAUAAUCGAUUGGAAUGGUUCGACUACGCUAUGAUUCCGACUGGAUUGCAGUGGUUGGAUAUUCACGCUAACAGGAUUGCUGAACUUGGAAAUUACUUUGAAAUUGAAUCGCAACUAUCGCUCAGUACGUUCGACGCCAGUUCUAAUAGAUUGACAGAAAUAACUGGCAGUGCAAUACCAAACUCUGUAGAAAUGCUCUACUUGAAUGACAACUUAAUAUCCAAAGUACAGUCUUACACCUUUUUCAAGAAACCAAAUUUAACUCGAGUGGAUUUAUAUGGAAAUAAAAUAACAAGUCUAGACCCGAACUCUCUAAGAAUAUCAGCAGUGCCUCAAGACAAAUCUGUGCCAGAAUUUUUCAUUGGAGGAAACCCGUUGGAAUGUGAUUGCACUAUGGAAUGGUUGCAAAAAAUAAACACAGGCAACAGAGCCAGAACUCAACCCAAGUUAAUGGAUUUGGACAGUAUAUAUUGCAAAUUGCUUUAUAAUCGUGGAAACUCAUACGUGCCUUUAGUUGAAGCAGCACCUCACCAGUUUUUGUGCAAAUACGAGUUUCAUUGUUUUGCGUUGUGUCAUUGUUGUGAUUUCGACGCCUGUGAUUGCGAAAUGACUUGUCCAAACAACUGCACAUGUUAUCACGAUCAAUCGUGGUCAGCUAAUGUUGUGGAGUGCUCUAAUGCUGGGUAUGUGAACGCGUUGCCCGAGAGAAUACCGAUGGAGGCCACGCAACUGUAUCUCGACGGUAAUGACAUAAAGAUGCUCCCAAGUCACGCCUUCAUCGGAAGAAAAAGGCUGAAGAUACUCUACUUGAACUCAUCUAACAUCGAAACUAUUCACAACAGAACCUUUAAUGGAUUGAAGGAGCUCGAAGUUCUACAUUUAGAUUACAACUCUCUCACUCAGAUUGAAGGACAAGAAUUUGAUGGAUUGGAAAACUUACGAGAGCUUUACAUAAACAAUAAUAAAAUUCGUCACAUCGGAAAAGAUAUGUUCAAUCAUAUGGCGCGACUUAAAAUAUUACAUCUCCACAGUAAUAGAUUGACAAUGCUGGCAGUGUGGCAAAUAAAUCCCGCCAUAACCGCAAUAACACUUUCGUAUAACCCGUGGUCUUGUGAUUGCGAGUAUAGUGAAAUGUUCCGUGAGUGGACGAAGAGAGUGAAUUCUAUAACGGACCUAUCAAAUAUCAAGUGUAUUUACUCUAAAGGGAAUAACAGUGAGAUGACUGUGUACAAUGAAAGCAUAUACAGUGACCCAGAUUCCGGAUUCAAUAUUAUUUCUGAAAAUGGAACGUGUACUGGAUUGCCAAGUAUAAAUAAUAGUAUCAAUGGAAACCUAACAGCGACAAAGACAAUUAUAACCAAUCAAGAAGUUCAAGAUUAUAUUCCACUACUUGUUGCAACACUUGGAGCAUUCUUAUUGGUGUCGUUCGUGAGCAUGAUCAUAUUCAUAUUCCGACAAGAAAUGAGAGUGUGGUUCCAUUCAAAGUUUGGUGUGAGAUUGUUCUAUAGAGCAAGUGACAUAGACCGAGACGACAGAGAAAAAAUGUUCGACGCGUUCGUAAGCUAUAGUUCUAAAGACGAGGCAUGGGUUGCGGAAGAACUGGCGCCUAUGUUAGAGCGCGGUGACCCCUCCUACAAACUAUGCCUACAUUACCGUGAUUUCCCCGUGGGCGGAUACGUGGCCGACAACAUAAUACAGGCCGUGGAAUCCUCACGUCGUACUAUUAUGGUUCUCAGUGAAAAUUUCAUAAAAUCCGAGUGGUGCCGGUUCGAAUUUAAAUCGGCACAUCACCAAGUGCUAAGAGACAGACGGAGAAGGUUGAUAGUGGUGUUGUUGGGUGAAGUGCCUCAGAAGGAUCUCGAUCCGGAUAUAAGACUGUAUUUGAAGACGAAUACGUAUCUUCACUGGGGUGAUAAGUUGUUUUGGGAGAAGUUGAGGUUCGCGUUGCCGGACGUGCCGAACAACCAGCGGUGUCGCGGGGUGCCGAGCCCGGGCGCUGGCGGGCUGGCGCUGCACCGGCACCAGCACACUCGCAACCAGCUGGGCGCGCUGCCGCCGCCGCCGGUGCACGGCGCGCACCCCGUGCUGCCGCCACACCCGGCGCACGCGCCGCACAGUGCUCACCCUGGGCUCGCGCCGCACCAGGCGCCCCCCCGCGCCUCGCCCCGUACACUCUCCGUCCAUGUGUAGUGAUUUACGGACUCUCAGUGAAGUGACAAGACUGUUAAAUGGAAUGUAGUGACUGUUCUGUGUAAAUUGUGAUGGCUAGUCUGUUGACGUAGGUAUUGUAAAUAAUAUUCUUAGUUUUAGUUUUGUAAAUAGUACGCCUAACUUUUUAAGUAUGUCCAGCAACAGAUUCAUGACAUACAGUUUUAAUUAUUUGUAUAACGUAUUUACCAUAUUGUCAUUGCCAUUUUACAAUACAUAGUAUGAAUGUUGCAAUUUCCAUAGUUUCUAGAUAUUCGUGAUCAGUAGCUAUAUCAGCAUGACGUAGGAAGUGUUAGGCCUAUACAGGCUGUGUUCGUUGGGCAGCUGUUGCCUACUACUAUUAAUGUGACUAAACAUGGCAUCACUGCCGCCAUCUGUGAUAAACCUAGAUGUAGUUUGCUUAGUAUCCCAUCUAUGUAUAUUUUGUAAUUUAGUCAUAUUACCUAAAGAAAGAUAUUUAUUGUAAAAAUUUCGAAAAUCGA